GAUCCUAUCUUUAUCCGUAUUUCAGAGAUUAGCUUCCAGACGCUGCUUAGUCAUGUCGACGACAGGUAAUAAGCGGGUGACCGUGAAGAGUAAGGCCCCGAAAGCUGCAACGGCGAAAAAGCCGAAAGAUCCGAAGGAGAAGAAGGCCAAGAGCGCUUCUCAUCCUCCAUAUUUCCAUAUGAUCAAAGAGGCUAUCUUGGCCCUUCAUGAGAGGACGGGCUCCAGUCCCUACGCCAUUGCUAAGCACAUGGAGGAGAAGCACAAGGGAACACUUCCUGGUAAUUUUCGGAAGCUUCUUGCUAUUCAACUCAGGAACCUUGCAGCCAAUGGAAAGCUCUCGAAGGUGAAGGCUUCAUUCAAGUUAUCGGAGCCUGGAAAGCAGGCUGAAAAGAAGGCGGCGAAGGGCGUGAAACCAAAGGUCGCUCCUAAGGUGAAGAAGCCAAAGACAUCAGCUAAGGUUAGCAAGCCAACAUCUGCUUCUAUCUCUGCUCCGAUUAAAAGGAAGGCGCCUAAGACUGUCAAGAAGCCUGCUCCUGUGGAGAAAUCUGCGAAGAAGAAACCUUUGUCAAAGAAGGUGAAGUUCUCUGCUCCCGCGAAACCCAAGCAACCAAAACCCAAGCAACCAAAGUCAAUCAAGUCUCCCGCCGCUAAGAGGGCUAAAAAGGCCGCUGCUUGAAAUGUUUGUCUGGUACUUCACUUUUGGUUGUGUUUACGAUAAUUUGUGUAAAUGCUCUAGUUUUCUAAGCCUGUAAAUCAGUUCUGGAACUUAACUGGAUUUCUAAAUAGCGUUUAGAGUUAUGCUAAUGCAGCGUUUUCUGAUUAUAA